GAAGAAGAAAAAACUAAUCGGCUCCCAACGACGCGAGCCGGUUCGUGAAGCGGAUUCGUUCGCGAUCGACACAUCAGUGUCAGUCAGCGGCUGUUGACAAGAAGCGGGCCACGGAAGUAUGAUAAUGCGACAGUUUUCAAAAUGGGUACUCAAGUGAAAGACGUCUUUAUUAGCCCUGACGCCCUCAAAACGCUUCUGCUGGACAAACAUGUAGACUACAUCGCUGCGUACGGCUGCAAAAAGGACGACUAUGAGUACACACUGUCGGAGUACGUGCGCAUGAGCGGCAUCUACUGGGGCCUGACAGUGAUGGACCUGAUGGGCCAGCUGCCCCGCAUGAACCGCCAGGAGAUUGUAGACUUCAUCAAAGCCUGCCAGCACGAGUGCGGUGGCGUCAGCGCCAGUGUGGGCCACGACCCCCACCUGCUCUACACACUCAGCGCUGUGCAAAUUCUGUGCUUGUAUGACUGCGUGGACGCGCUGGACGUAGACAAAGUGGUGAAGUACGUCAAAGGGCUACAGCAAGACGACGGCUCGUUCGCGGGAGAUAAAUGGGGUGAAAUUGACACAAGAUUUUCCUUCUGUGCAGUGGCCACGCUCGCCUUACUGGGCAAGGUGGACGUAAUCAACGUGGACAAGGCCGUGGAGUUUGUCCUGUCUUGUAUGAACUUUGACGGAGGUUUCGGAUGCAGGCCCAGUUCAGAGUCUCAUGCGGGUCAGAUUUACUGCUGCACGGGCUUCUUGUCCCUGACAGGCCAGCUGCAUCAGCUCAACGCAGACCUUCUGGGCUGGUGGCUCUGUGAGAGGCAGCUGCCCUCUGGAGGCCUCAACGGGCGGCCUGAGAAGCUUCCAGAUGUGUGCUACUCCUGGUGGGUUCUGGCUUCCCUGAAGAUCAUCGGCAAGAUUCACUGGAUCGACAAGGACAAGCUGCGCAGUUUCAUCCUGGCCUGCCAGGACGAGGAGACGGGAGGCUUCGCUGACCGGCCUGGAGACAUGGUGGAUCCUUUCCACACGCUCUUCGGAAUCGCCGGCCUUUCCCUUCUUGGAGAUGAGCAGAUUAAACCAGUCAAUCCUGUGCUGUGCAUGCCGGAGGAUGUCCUGCAGAAGCUGGGUCUGCAGCCGGAGCUCCUCACCUAACCCCCAUCAACUCCCCCGGCCACUGAUGGACGUUGGCCGCAGAAACAUCUUCUUAUAUGAUGCAAAGGAGCACUCAGUCAUGCAAUCCAUCAUUCAGUCACCGGUGGAGGAACGUACUAAAUAUUCCUGUAGAACAUUCAUGGACAUCUUCACUUGCUCCAAUUAUUUCCUUGAGAGGAAAGCAAGUACUUGUUGGAAUUGUCCAUCGCGCUUUGUCUAUGUUGCAUUGGUGUUUCUAUGGUUGAAAGAAGUUGAACGUAGCAUGAAUGCUUGGUAACAUUUCAUUAUGAACCGUGACCUUUGUCUUUGUGGAACCCGACUGGUCUGCCCAUGCCCAUACACACGGGGUUCGAACCAGGGUCCACAAAUCAGAGUUGAGCAGUGCAAUGCGACAAGUUAAAAUCCUGAGCCGUCAACUCACCGUCCACAGCUCUUGAAGGCAUCAGGGAGUGAGCUUUACUCGCACUGCCAUCCCUGCUGGCUUCUGUUACAAUUGUCCAGAACGUAUCACGCUAUUGUACAAUUCUGAGAAUAUGACUGUAACUUGUUUGUCCACUUCACCAAUAAAUGUCGUAUUUCCUCCCUGGG